UACAGGAGAUGACCAGAGACUGCGGACACAGUUACAGGAGAUGACCAGAGACUGCGGACACAGUACAGGGGAUGACCAGAGACUGCGGACAGUACAGGAGAUGACCAGAGACUGCGGACACAGUACAGGGGAUGACCAGAGACUGCGGACACAGUACAGGAGAUUGACCAGAGACUGCGGACACAGUACAGGAGAUGACCAGAGACUGCGGACACAGUACAGGAGAUGACCAGAGACUGCGGACACAGUACAGGGGAUGACCAGAGACUGUGGACAGGGGAUGACCAGAGACUGCGGACACAGUACAGG